GUGCAGGGGCUGAUAGCGUGCAGACCUCAUCGGUGGUCGGGACAUUCGCCACAGGUCAGUGUAAGUUCUACACACACCACUUCACAAGAUGCAGUAUCAGGCUAACCCAGAACGUCCUUAUCCAACCCAAGCUUACCCCCAGCAACAGCCUGCUGCCGGCUACACUGCUCUUCCACCAUCCACAGCCAACCAUCCUAAAUACGCCGGCCAUACAGCUCUUCCACCUGCCACAUCUAACAAUCCUAACCACGCCGGCCAUACUGCUCUUCCACCAGCAUCAGCCAACCAUCCUAACCACGCCGGCCAUACUGUUCUACCACCAGCAUCAGCCAACCAUCCUAACCACGCCGGCCACACUGCUCAUCCACCAGCCACAUCCAACCCUCCUUACCACCCCGCCCCUGCUGAUCUUUCACCAGCCAGUCCUCCAUACCACACCAACUACGCAGCUUACGAUCAAGAAGCCAGACAUUUUACGUUCGAUGAGCAAGAUGUUGGGCGGUACGACCCUCGCAGUGACCAACAUUAUGGAGGAGCAGCAUCGAACGCUAUGUUGCCCCCACGAAGUCAGUAUCAGUAUGACCAAGAACCCGCGCAAGGUUAUUCCGGUUACGCGGAUCCUAAGGUUUCUAGUCGCAACCUGCAAGACGUGGCACCAGCAGCGUAUUAUGAACCAAGGCAAACUCAACUCGGUGGCCAAAGAGGUCAGUACCCCAGUGGCUAUCAUCAAGAUGCCGAGUACUAUGACCGGAGUCCUGUGAAUGAUCAGUACUCAGGGCGUGAGCUGGAACGCUAUGUGUCGCACCCAAGCUACGAUGAAGAAUACCGAGAUUACUAUCCUGAAAGAGAGUAUGAUAGAGGCAACCCUCAAUCUCCAAGGUAUUAUCAAGGUCGUCAGAGAUUUCAUGAUGAUAUCGAGUACGGCUACUCGUCAGCAGAGGAAGACGUGUACCAAACGCAGCGUCGCAGAGAGCAGCCAAAAGGCGGCAGAACCUAUCAACCGCCUAGAAAGUAUCCAAUUGAAAACGGCAAGUCUAACUACCGAACUCCUGACUACGGCCUCCACCGUUACAAUAUGAAUGAGAUGGCACGAGCUCUUCCGCCAUCUACAUCGACACGACCUCCUCCUCCGAAGCGCGAUCCUCCGAUGCCUUCACACUACAACGAAUACAAAGGAGGAAACCGUGGAGUGCGCCAUCAGCCUUCCAGCGCAGGGUACGCCAAGUAUGGAUCCCCAGACUUUGAUUACAUUGGAUUCAAGAAACGAACCAGUCAAUUGAAGGAGCUUAACAGGAGGAGUGUAGAGCAGGCUCGGCCUCCUCCAGUAAAGUAUGAUCGCUCACGCCAAGAUUUUGAUGACAAAAGGUAUAGGUCAAAUUACAACCGCUAUUGAAAUAGGAAUGAUUAUUUACCAUGUGGCCCUAACGAAAUGUAUUUCCUUCCAAGGAUGCCGACUUAAAAAAUAGAGUGAAAGAUUAUAAUAAUCGAUUUGAAAAUAGCUGACAGUAGGAGGCAUUUUAUUUCAUUUUGGUUUCUUAUCUUAUUUCUUCAUUUGUUCGGUAUUAUGCCUGAGUUGCACUUCGCGCAAAGUGAUAUCGUAGGUAUGGAAUCGUGUGCUGAAUUUAAUAGUAACGAUAUACACAAACUGUAGAACAUAAUCACGUUUGUGUUUAAUGUAUUUCUUAUGCUGCUUGUCGUCAUAUUGUUCAGUCAUAUAUAAGGGUCACCAAGGCGUCUGGGUCACCUGAAUUACAAAAAAAAAAAUUAACAGCCUAAUCGACCUGCAAUGCAAGAUAGUAGAGGGUAGAGGGGUAAUCAUAAAAACCAACCAUUAUUUUUAUCGAGAAACUAUUUUUUAUUUCAGUUCUAAAUAAAAAUUUCAAAGUUGGAUCAAAUUUAUUUAAUAUUGAACAUGUAUGUGAGUGUGGUGCAGUUUAAUGUACGUUUCCGUGAUUCGCGUUGGCUGGAUCCACAAUACCACGCCUGAACAUGUGACCGGACUUCUCCCCAAACUCCUAUCAGGUGUUAUAAAUCACUUUGCUCUGACAAUCCACGUGGGCCUCGAUCCCACACAGGAUAUUACAGGUAAAUCUGGUUGUAGUUGAGUGAGAUGAGGAAUCACGAAGCUAGAGCAGAAAAAUCACUGCCAAUCGAGUGAACGAGCAAUCGCUCCCUGGCAAUGGACGCAAAAGUUUGGAUGCGGGCAUUGUCUACCAUGGCUAACUAUUUCGACAACUCUCCUCGUGACCAAUCAUUGCGAAUGCUACUUCUCCAAGCUAUACCUCCACAGUCGCCGUCGGGAGUUAUCAACUUCUUUCGGACGUCUCCGACGAACGGCUCUGUCAAUUUAUAGAAUGUCUGGUGCUUCGCGGCAGCUGGUAUUAAUUAGAAUUUUCUUGUUUUGUCUUUAGAAUAAAGGUUUAUUGCUGUACAUCUAUGGUCAAGGUAAUAUUGAAGCUGUAUUCCCGCAACUGAGCCUUAAAUGCUGAGCAGCCCUUGCGCGUCGUUGGACGGUACUCAUGAUGAAUGAUAGCAUGUGUGGGCGCUGGUUCUAUAUAGCUUCUUUAAUUCAUUACAGUUAGUUUGUUUAUUUUUAUAAAUAGGUUUUUAUAAACGUGAACCUUAUGGGAUUUUGAGGUUAGCGAAUGUUUGAGUAUAGGAACUAGUAUAGCCACCUGAGGUUUAUUUGCAAGCCAGCUCUUUGAACCCGUGUUUUCUUAUAUCUUAGUAAAAUGAUUUUGAUUUCUGAAGAUUGCUAUGAUAAAAUGUAUAUUAAUUGAACUGCGCUUUUGUAUGUUUAUUUUGAUGCCAUUGUCUUAGUUUAUAUUGUUUAAUAAAAAGUUUUCGUAAAGCAAA